CCUGUGAGGCUGUGACUCUCUCUCCCUCACUUGCUCCUCCUUCAUCACUGUGUCUGUGUGUGGGCGUCUCUCUCUCUUUCCAUAGCAGAAGUCCCCACGCCAAUCUUCAACCCAUUACUGUGUCUUCCUUUCUCUCCUCUCUCCUCCCCUUCUCCCCCCUUCUUCUUCAUUCCCAGAAAGAGAGAGACACGCAUACACAUCACAAUGCGUCCCUUCUUCCCCAUCUUCUUCUUCGUCUUUCUCAUUUUGACCUGCCUGCCUCAGAUUUUCUGUUCAAAAACCGUUCUUUCUUCAGGACGCAGGAUCCUUCACGAGCCAUUUCAGCCAUUGGGUUCUGUUCCUCCUGCUCCGCCUCCUAGCCCUCCUCCUUCCCCUCCUGCAUCGCCCAACGCUAAAUAUCCCUUUUCCACGACUACCCCUAAUCAAUCUGCGUUUUUUCCUACCUACCCUUCACCUCCUCCUCCUCCUUCUCCUGCUUCUUUUGCUUCCUUCCCUGCCAAUAUCUCCUCUCUUAUACUCCCUCACGCAUCCAAAUCCAAAUCCUCUUCCGGAAAACUGCUCGGAGUUGCCAUCGGUGCUGUGGUCUGUGCUAUUGUUGUCGCUGGCAUUUCUGCUUUUGUGUACUGUCGGCGGAGGAGGAAGCGGUACGCUGCCGAUGAGAAGACUCUCAGAUCCGAUAGUAGUCUCCGUCUGUUUCCGCCCAAUGCUGAAUCUGGUAAUGGAGGUCGAAAGGUGAGGCACACUUCUUCAACUAGCUCUGAGUUUCUUUACCUUGGGACCAUUGUUAAUUCGAGGGCCGUUGAGGAUCGUUCUGGUUCGCACGCAAACGAUGCUGGUCGGGGUGGGCGUAGUGCAGGCGGCGGUGGAGGAAGUGGCGGUGGUGCUGCUGCUGUGGACCCUCGGAAAAUGGACUCGCCGGAGCUUCGUCCACUUCCUCCGCUUGUGCGGCAAGGUUUGAGGCAACAAUAUGGAGCGGCGCGGGACGAUGUGGGUUCUAAUACGGCGGAUGAUGAGGAAGAGGAAUUCUACUCGCCCAAAGGAUCUCUGGGUGGUCACGAGAGUUCGAAUGGCACGGGAUCAGGUUCUCGCAGAGUGUAUGCGGCGAUUGCGAGUGAGAAUUUUGUUGGUCGAAGCAGUGAAUCGAGUUCUAGCUCGUAUUCUUCUUCCACUUCGGGCUCACCGGAUCGGUCACACUCGAUUAGCCUAUCACCGCCGGCAAGCUUGAGCCCCAAAAGAUCGCAGCCAAAAUCGCCGGAAACUACAGUGGUGGACAGCUCUCCUCUACUGCCAUCAUCCCCACCGCUACCACGGCCACCACCGCCUGCUCAUUCCCGGACUGAAGCGCGCUUGGGCGAGGGAUCUUUACGCUCACCGUCAGAUAGAAGCCAAUUUUCUUUAUCUCCGGUUCACAAUCAGCAUGUUCAAUCUUCUUCAAUGUCUUCAUUAUCUUCAACACCAGAGAGGGCUUCUGGUCGAGAUGGUAAGUCUCCUUUACUGUCUCCACUCUCGUUAUCGCCAAAUAGAGCUGCAGGGAAGAACCCAGAUGGGGGAGCGAGAGUAUCGGGCGUCGCAUUUGAAAAUGUGCAUUCUUCUUCCUCCUCAUCUCCUAUUUCUUUGUCGCCUGAGAGAUGUGUUGAGAAAAAAUCAGAUGCACCAGAGAAACAAGAUGAGAAAUUUUCUUAUUCGUUGUCAGGAUUUCCUGCUGGGAAAAUUUCUUGCGCAUCACCAAGAUUAUCCACUACCUCACCUGAAAGGAAUGUGGAGAAAAUUUCAAUGGCAUCUCCGCAGAGAAAUUCUGAGAAAAUUUCCCUUGAGUCUCCAAGAUUAUCCACGGCAUCGUGCGAGGGAGGUGCGGAGGCAGUAUCAAGCGCACCAUCAAGGUUAUCCAAUGCAUCACCGGGGAGAAAUGCGGAGAAAAUCUUAUGUGUGUCACCUAGAUUAUCCAAUGCUUCGAAUCAAAGUGAGAAGUCUCUGUCGUCUUCUUCAGCUUUCUCUCUGCCAUCAUCACCUGAGAAAGUGGUUGAGCAUGGUUUGGAUCACUCUCCAAGUCUUUCAAAUGUUUCAGAUCGUUAUAGGCAAUCUCCGAUGCCAACCCUGCUUUCAUCGCCAGAAAGAGAAUCGUACAACACUUCGGAUCGUUCUGCUACAGUUGAAAAUGCUGUGGAUCAAACAAGAGUUUCUCCAGCUCCUGCUCCUCCUCCGCCUCUUCAACCACAGCGAAAACACUGGGAGAUUCCUAUCCUCUCAACAAUUUUUCGUCAACCAGCAAGAGUAGAUAAAGUUUUGGAUCAAAAUGCGGAAUCUCCUGCUCCUCCUCCACCACCACAGCGGAAACACUGGGAGAUUCCACUUUUCUCAACAGCCAUUGGUCAGCCUAGAGUUUCUCCCCCUCCCCCUCCACCACCACCGCCUCCUCCUCCACCUCCACCACCCCACCAAAGAACACGAAAGCAAUGGGAAAUUCCGUCUCCUUCAACUCCCACUGAUCAGUCAGUUUCUAGGCCGGCAGCUUUAGUACAACCUUCAAGGCCUUUUGUGUUGCCAAAUCCAACAACAGAUGUGUCUCCGGUUGAGUUGCCUCCAAAUUCUCAACAAAAGAAUUUGGGGACAAAUGAGGAUACUCCAAAACCAAAGUUGAAGCCGUUGCAUUGGGAUAAAGUGAGAGCUAGCUCUGAUCGUGAAAUGGUCUGGGAUCAGUUGAGGUCAAGCUCUUUUAAAUUAAACGAGGAAAUGAUUGAGACAUUGUUUGUUGUGAAUACACCACAUCCAAAACCAAAGGAUACUACACCGCGUUCAGUUCUUCCUACACCAAAACAGGAGGACAGAGUACUUGAUCCUAAAAAGUCGCAAAAUAUUGCAAUUUUACUGAGGGCACUUAACGUGACUGUUGAAGAAGUCUGUGAAGCAUUAUUAGAAGGUAGUGCUGAUACACUGGGUACAGAACUACUCGAAAGCUUGUUAAAGAUGGCACCAAGCAAGGAGGAAGAACGUAAACUGAAGGAACAUAAAGAGGACUCACCAAUCAAGCUUGGUCCUGCUGAGAAAUUCUUGAAGGCUGUGCUUGGUGUACCAUUUGCGUUUAAAAGGGUGGAAGCCAUGCUUUACAUAGCUAAUUUUGAGUCUGAAGUGGAGUAUCUCAGGAAGUCGUUUGAAACUCUAGAGGUUGCCUGUGAGGAGCUACGCAACAGUAGAAUGUUCUUGAAGCUUCUAGAGGCUGUGCUCAAAACUGGGAACCGCAUGAAUGUAGGGACAAACCGCGGUGAUGCACGUGCCUUCAAGCUCGAUACACUUCUCAAGCUUGUUGAUGUUAAAGGUGCCGAUGGGAAGACAACCCUACUGCACUUCGUUGUACAGGAAAUUAUAAGAACUGAAGGUGCUCGUCUCUCAAGUACUUCCCAAACUCCAAACUCCUCUUCAAGUGAAGAUGCCAAGUGCAGGAGGCUUGGUCUACAAGUUGUUUCCAGUCUGAGCUCAGAGCUAGCAAACGUAAAGAAGGCUGCUGCAAUGGAUUCUGAGGUUCUCAAUGGCGAUGUCUCCAAACUUUCUAAAGGAAUUUCUUACAUAACAGAGGUGGUGAGACUAAACGAGGCAACACGGCAAGAUGAAAGUGGUAAAAAAUUUACAGAAUCAAUGAACAAAUUCAUGAGGAUGGCCGAGGUGGAGAUCCUGAGGAUUCAAGCCCAUGAAAGUGUUGCUCUUUCUUUAGUGAAGGAGAUUACUGAGUAUUUCCAUGGUAACUUAGCAAAGGAAGAAGCUCAUCCAUUCAGAAUCUUCAUGGUGGUGAGAGACUUCUUAUCGGUUCUCGACCGAGUCUGCAAAGAAGUUGGUUUAAUAAACGAGAGGACCAUGGUUAGUUCUGCCCAUAGAUUCCCAGUCCCAGUAAACCCCAUGCUUCCACAACCCCUAAACCCUAUGCUUCCACAACCCCUACCUGGAUUAUUUGGAAAGAGACAAUACAGCUCUUCGGAUGAUGAUAGUCCCUCUCCAUAGCCUCCAAGGCUUUUGUCUCUGUGAUUCAUGGCUGCAUCUUUUGUAGAAACAACCUGGUACCAGGUGUUUUUGACUGGUGGGAGCACGUAUGGUCUGCUCAAAAUGAUGUAACCAUUUUGGGUUCUCUCCGUUUAAAAAUUGUAAAAAUCCAUGUAAAAGAUUUGAGUUAUAUGUGAUAUAUAUAGAUUAUAUGUAGACUAGAAGCUGUUCUUUUUUUCCUGAAGAAUAAGUUUGCCAUACUAUAUGAAUAGGAGGUGCAUUGUAAGGUUUUUAUAACCAUAUGUAUAAAGCUAUUCAAUUAGAGGGACAUCCAUUGGACUUAUCAAUUAUUUCGUGUUUGGGAAGCCUGUGAAUACAAAGUGAAGGAGAUGAGCAUGUGAGACCAUCUCAUGGAUGGCCAGUUUAGGAAGGGAAACAGGAUGAUGAAGUAUGCUUGAUCGUUUCUUCAGCCAGCAGACGGAUCUGUAUUUCUUGUGGUAAAAAUGGACCUGUACAUUUUAUGCGAGUAGUUUUAUGCAUAUAUUUUCAUUCAAUUA